AUGUCUGGACGUAGCAAGAAGCCUCCAAAGACUGCUGUUGCUUUCCGAAAAAACAAGAGUGCCAGAGCUGACCUGCAGUUCCCAGUGGGCCGCAUUGGACGGUACUUGAAGAUGGGUCACUAUGCUGACAGAGUAAGUCCUGGAGCUUCAGUUUACCUGGCAGCUGUGUUGGAAUAUCUGACUGCGGAGAUAGUGGAACUGGCAGGAAAGGCUGCUCAUGAAAACAAGAAGUUGCGGAUUGGGCCACGACACAUCCUGCUGGCAGUGAGGCACGAUGAAGAACUAAACAAGUUGUUUGAGGGUGUGAUUAUUGCUGAAGGAGGUGUCCUGCCCAAUAUCCAAGCCCAGCUUCUCCCAAAGAAGACCGUGACAUCUAAGGAGGUUGCGGAAGAUGCUCGGUCACAGGAGUUCUAA